UUAACCUGUUCAUAUAUGCUGACUGUUGGAAAGGAAGUGGCAUCACGGCCGCAACAAAAUAACACUACAGAUUGGCUCGCACUGCAUUUCCAGCUGUGCGGACCAAAAUGAGCAAAUUUUCACUGCUCGUUGUUUUCAUAAUUUUGAGCCAUGCGUCAGGACAAUUUAACCCGGACAGUUUUGUGGGGCGACUGGUCGUUUCAGCCAUCAAGCACACCGUCCAAAAACGAAGCUUGCCCGAGAUCAUGGGAAUGGUGUCGACCAUCGCCGGAAACGUGCCUGGCCUGACGAUUUUAGGGCCGAACGGAGGCAUCAACCUCCCUGAAAUUUUAAACACUGUUCUCCCCCUUUUUGGAGAAGUUUCAGGCGGAGUGAGAUGCUGCAAAGUUGUGGAAGUGCCAAACGCUUUUAUGGAGAAUCUGAUGACGUGCAUCAUCGAACCGGCUAAUUCAAUGGGGAAGAAUAUUUCUUCUAGAAAGGCCCAGGGCCUUGCAAAUAUGGUCCAUCCACCUGUGUCAUUUGAUGAGUUAGCCACUCUAAUGAAAGGAGAACUUUGUGCGAUGCGAUGCACUUUUGAAAAACUGAACAAGUUGGGCUUGGAUGGAUUGCCCAGUAAAGACUUGUUAAUGGAAACUGUCAGCUCAGAUUUUAAACCAGAAGCAGUGGAAAUCGCAAAGAAAGCAUUCGAAUCGUGCGACAAAGACAUGAGAAUCGAGCAAAAGUCUUUAGAGCAAGAGUUGACCAUUGAGGACAAGUGUUGGGCGUCGAAUUCAAUGGUCGGAUGCUUGGUCGAAAAAUUCCAUGAACACUGUCCUGAAAGUGAACGGAUCGCAGGAAAUCAGUGCCUUGCGAAUUUGGGAUCAAAAUUCUGGGGCGAAUUCCCAAGCAAAUUGAAAACAAUUAUUAAUGAUUUUAAAGGACACAUCAUGAAGAAAUAAAAUAAAAUUUCAAUUAAUUUGUGAAACGACGCGGAAAAUAAAAAUUAUUCCUAUUUCUUGCUGGCA